AAUCGGACCAUGUGACCGCUGUGCCUGAUUAGAGGUUUGUUCUGGGGAGCUCUAGGCUAGAAGAGAGAUCGGAGUUUAGUGUGGAAAGCAUGUGAUAGAGACUUUUUGUGUGCGCGUUUUAACAGGAUUUACAGCAGGAAAGAGACAGAGGUCUGGCUAAUACCCAGCCAACAGAUUAGCACCAGAUGACACGUCAGUCUGCUUCUCAACCUCGCUGAAAAAGCUGGCCACAGAAGGAAGAGGCGGGGCUUAAUUGAAUCAGCAGACUCGGUCCUAUUAGCCAGACACAAGAGUUAACCCAUGCCUGACUGGUGUUUCCACUUCUCGAAGAAAGGACGUCUCAGUUUUAGAGGUUUUACUUUCUAAAAAUGGGAAAGAAGCUCGACCUUUCCAGAUUAACAGAUGAAGAGGCCAAACAUGUCUGGGAAGUAGUUCAGCGGGACUUUGAUCUGCGCAAAAAAGAAGAAGAGCGUUUAGAGAAUCUAAAAUGCAAAAUUGAAAAAGAAAGCACUAAGCGGGAGCUAUUGUCCAGUCAAUCCCACCUCAACAAAACACUCUGCAUCCAUUGCCUGCAACCCUUUAAGUUUCUACUAAAAAGCAAACGCCAGUGCUUGGACUGUCACUUGUACAUAUGCAAAAGUUGCAGCCAGUAUAACAAAAAGGAGCAAGGUUGGAUGUGUGAUCCAUGCCGCCUAGUUAGGAUUGUCAAAACUGGAUCACUGGAAUGGUAUUAUGAACAUGUCAGAAUUCGUUUCAAACAUUUUGGAAGUGCUAAGGUGAUGCGAUCUCUCUAUGGAAGGAUGUCACAUGGACAGAAAACAAGUUCUACUUUGCUUGAUCUGCGUGGCAGAGUACAUAGCUUGCCAGAUGUCACCAGUGAUUAUCACUUGUACAGGAAUAAUGGGAGUGAGGAGCGGGAAACAAGUGAUGAUGUGGAUGGAGCAGAAUCUGAGUCUUAUGCCAGGAUGCGCAAGAAAAAGCGCCUACUUUCUGUACAUUCCUUUGAUUUUGAAACCGACUCAGAAUAUUCUUCUCAAUCUCGCCGUCAAUCUGUCCAGCUUUCUCGAUGUCCUGGGAAAGAAGACUUUCAGAGCACUGAAGAUUUUCCAAAUGGUGAGGAAGCCUCCAUGCAGAAGGACUCCAUGGUAGCAGAAGCAGACUUGGCUGCAGUUUUCCAUCGUAUCUUGCAAGAGCAAGGGAAGCACACGGCUCUUCCAGAACAGGAAUUCAGCACAGAAGUCCAGUUUGUAGGCAACUCACAUACCAAAAACCUGGAAACAAUCCCCAAGGCUGGCAGUCCAUGGAAUGUGCAGCCCCAACUCCAGUACUCAGCUAAGGUGGAUACUUCUGAUGAAGAUGAAAAGGAGGCUCAAGAAACUUUCAUCUAUCAGCCACGGUACACAAAACACAGGAGCAGAGCAUCCUCACAAGAAAAUGUAAAUCACUCUGGAAAUCAGAUAUUUCAACUGAACAAACGCAUCUCUGUUAUUGAAAGUAUGCUCAGCUGCCUUGAGGAAAAGAUCCUAGUUCACUCUGAGAAGCCUCUAGCUAUUGAUUCCUACAUUGAUCGUAGCACAGAAGAGAAGGAACUGAAGAAAAAAUUAGAAGAAUUGACAAGCAGCAUAACUGAAAAAGCUGUUUCUACUGAUGAAGAAAAUGCAGGAAAGAAGAAUGAAGAAUCCAAACCAGAAAUGGAUUCAUCCAAUGAUGACCUUCCUCCUGAUGCGAAGAAGGUGCCUACUCCUAUGGAGAACAUCUAUAGAUUACAGAAAAGACGAAGGGAGUUGAAGGACCAAACCCAUCACAAUGCAACAACAGAUUCAGAACUGUCGGAGUUGGAAGGCAAAGUGGCUUUUACUGUGUCUGAAGUACAACACAGAGAGACUGAGGUGUCUGAUAUAGAAUCUCGAAUUGCUGCACUGAGUGCUGCUGGGUUGAGAGUUAAAGCAGUGGAAAGGCCUAAGAAAAAAAGAAGCAUCCAGGUCAUGUCUGUGUCCCAUGUGUUGAGGAAGAAAUUCAGUACUUCUCAUGAAACUGCAAGCAAGGCUGAAUCCUUUGCUAGGAACUCCUAUUACAGAGGAUCACUGACCCAACGAAAUCCAAAUGGAAGAAACAGAAAAACAGAUCACAUCUUUGCGAAACCUGUGAUGACCCAUCGUUCUUGAAAACAAUGGAAUCGUCUAAGACCAAUACUGCAAAAUCCUGGCUCAAGUUUUCAUUUGUGUUGCUUUUCUCUAUUGUACUAGUCUACUUGUUCUGUGAAAGACGGAAAAGGAACAAAUUAUAUCUGAAAAGCAAUCUCUGAGGAAGAAUCCUAUGACAUUUGAGCUCUUUCUCUAGCACAGCAGCAGGUCUUAAUGUAUGUUAUAGAAUCCCUAUACAAAAAUCAAUAAUUCCUGAAGGUAGCUUCCACUUUUUGAAUUAAAUCUUCAUGUUCUACUUGUUAAAAAAAAGAUUCAAAAAGACUUUAUAAGACUAAUUAAUUAGCCUAAUAAAUAGAGGGAAACAAUUUUGUCUAGUACAAACAAUUCUGUUGACCACUGGAUUCUAACUCAGGCAUCUUCUACCACAAGUGUUUGAGCUUCUUUAUUCUAAUGUGACCAAGUGGCAUCAUUUUGACUCUAAUAUAAUUGUAUCCAAACUGUAUCUCCAACAUGUUUAUUUAGGACCGUGCAGUGCUUCAAAUAUGAUUCCCAAGGUGUUUUGGAGCACAUGGGAAUGCAAAUACAGCAACUUUCUGCAACUAAAAGCCAUAGUUGUUGGUUUUAUCACAUGACUGCUUUAAACAGUUGCAGAGAAGUGCUAUAAUUAUCACUUUGGCCACGUAGCCUUUUGAAAUCAAAUCUAAAGUGUUGAUGGCCCUAAUAUUUAUGUCUUUGGCAAUUGGUUACAAUACAUACCUAUUUUAUUAAUAUAGCUAAAGAUGCACAAAGAAACUGAAAAUGUGAGUUCCUAUAUCUGUUUAUCUGAUUAAUGUUUUUUUCCAAGCUGAGAAAGAAUCUUGAGUUCCGAUCAAAAUUUCUAGUUUUAAUGCUAAUAAAUCUUUGCUGAAUUAUUUUCAAUAAAUAACCAAAUUAGAAGGCA